UCCUCCUUAAACUAGUGGCAGCUGAGACCACCCUCUUCUUUGAGACAUCAGAUACUCUCAACUUCUGACAUAACAGGCUGUUUUCAGUGAGACAGUUGCAAGGAAAAGCUGCUCUUACUAUUAGGAAAAGAAAAACUUAGUUUGGGCAUUUUUGAACACUGAGGGCUUGAGACCAUCUUCAGUUAAAAGACUCGCAGCAUGGCUAAGCGUGUGGCUGUGAUUGGAGCAGGCAGCUCUGGACUGACCUCCAUCAAAUGCUGCUUGGAUGAAGGCCUGGAGCCUGUGUGUUUUGAGAGCAGUGAUGAUAUUGGAGGACUCUGGAAGUUUAAGGAACAACCAGAGGAAGACCGUUGCAGCAUUUAUCGUUCUGUCGUAGUGAACACCUCUAAAGAGAUGAUGUGCUAUAGUGAUUUCCCCAUGCCAGAUCAUUUCCCCAACUUCGUGAACAACUCUACGUUAAUGCAGUACUUCAGACUCUACGCUGAGCACUUUAACCUGCUCAAACACAUUCACUUUCAGACCACAGUUCGCAGUGUGAGACAAAGGCCUGAUUUCUCUAACUCUGGUCAGUGGGAAGUGGUGACCAUGGGCAGAGAUGGACGAGAGGAGACACAUGUGUUUGAUGGUGUGCUAGUGUGUUCAGGACACUACACAAAGCCCAUCAAACCCCUCUCAGACUUCCCAGGUAUUGACACAUUUCCAGGGACAAUAAUUCACAGUUGGGAAUAUAGGGACCCUGAUCCUUACAUUGGGAAGAGAGUUGUUGUUCUUGGGAUUGGGAAUUCUGGUGGAGACAUUGCUGUGGAGCUCAGCAGAGCAUGUGAGAAGACAUUCCUGAGUACCCGGAAAGGGGCUUGGAUCAUAGGUCGCGUGGUUGAUAGAGGGCUUCCUCUAGAUAUGAUAAUGAUGACACGAGUUCGAGAUCUGAUUUACGGCCUCCUGCCUCAAGCUCUGCUCAACAUGAUUUGGGAGAGAAUCCUCAAUCAGAGAUAUGACCACAAGCUGUAUGGACUACAGCCUGAAUACAGGAUCCUCGAACAGCGUGUUGUUAUAAACGAUGACCUCCCUGGUCGCAUUCUGUUAGGGGAACUGGUGAUCAAAUCAAAUGUGCAGAAGAUCCAAGGCUCGACGAUUGUCUUUGAUGAUGGGACUGUAGAAGAGAAGAUUGAUGCAGUGAUCUUAUGCACAGGAUAUGAUUAUAGAUUCCCCUUCCUCCCCACCUCCUUAAGCUCUGGUUCUAAUGGAGAUCUGAAACUCUACAGAAGAAUCUUCCCUCCAUCUCUAGAACGUCCAACACUGGCCAUCCUGGGCCUGUUUCAGACCAAAGGGUCGAUCAUGCCAGCUGUAGAACUACAGGCGCGCUGGGCCACCAGGGUCAUUGCAGGACUGAACCAUCUUCCUCCAGCUGACAAGAUGGAUAAAGCAAUAGAGAAAGAUGUUCAAGCGAAUUUAAAGAGUUACCCCUUUCCCAAGCUGGCUGCGCUUCAGGUGGACCACAUUCCUUACCUAGACGCAAUAGCAAAAGAAGUGGGCGUCUCUCCCAACAUUGCUUCACUGCUCCUGACGGACCCUGCUCUUGGUUUGAGGGUUUUCUUCGGGCCGUGUUCUCCGUACCAGUUUCGACUGAACGGACCGGGGCACUGGAGUGGUGCCCGUCAGGCCAUCCUUACCCAGUGGGAUCGUGUGGCCAAACCCAUGAAGACCAGGCCCAUUCCAGAACAUCCAUCCUUCAGUUUAUUUUUCUGGCUGGGCCUGUCAGGGGCUGCAUUGAUUAUUGCUUUAUUGGCAAUGCACAUGAUCCCACUGUUUCUGAAUAGUGAUUAGAUCCCAUAGAUAUAACAGUCUGUUUUUGGGUAGCUCUGUUUUGUGUUUGCACUUUCAUCUAAUUAUUCUUUAACCUGUUAACUGUCACCCCGUCCCGAAUACGGGAUGCCUACGUUGACUAUAAUAUAUAACAAUCAAAUCUAAUCUAAUCUUGACAAACUAUAUAUCGUUGGAAAGGUCUAAGACUCCCAAAUAUAUAUUUUACCAAUAUUCUUUGUAAAAAAAUUAUGUAGAAAAAGUAAUAGAUUAAUUUAUGACAAGAGUGCACCCUCAGAAAUCUACAUUACAAAAGGAGCUUUGAUCUUUGUUUAAAAAAAAAGACUUCCUCGUUGCCUUUUUCUCUAUCACAUUUGAGAAAUCAUCAGAAGUUAUAUAUCACUUGAAAACAUAAAAUCUCAAGAUUCAUCCUUUAAAACCCAUUGUAAAAUCAGACAUUGCAUUACCAUGUAAAUGGCACAUCAAAAUCAUGUUACAAAAUGUUUUCAUUCAUGAAUUAUAAAAAUGUAGGUUUGUAUCAAGCACAUUCAAGUCUAUCCUUAAAAAACGUGAGUGACAGUUUAAUCUAAUUCUUGGAGUUAAUUAUCUUUUAUAAUACAUAUAAGAAAUUAUCAUUUCGUCCUUGUCAAACAUUGUUUUCAAACAAGUGUAUUUUUUUAUCUUAAAUCAGUGUGCUCUGCCAUAUUUCUUGACAUAAUAAUCACCUUUUCUUUUCAUCCAGAAAAUAGUCAUAUGUUAUUAUGUUUUCACAAUCAUCACAGAAGUAAAGUUUUUGUAGAAUUAAAGCAUUUUGAUCACUCAACAUACUUUGAAAUAAAACAGUUGUUGGAGAAGC